GAGAAAAUGGGGUGUAAGGUUAACGUAGAAACAUUUGUUGCUUAGUUGACUUCAUUAUUGGAGUAUCAAGUAAAAACAAAAACUGCUUCAUGAUACAGCCCGUUCACGCUUCUGCCGGUGCGGGCUGAGUUUUGCUCUAUCUAGUACCAGCUGAGCGAUUUCAGUUACAUGUGGCAGUUGGAUUUAGGACACAGUUCAAGAGGCUCCUUAGUCUGUGUACUUUUUAAACUGUCUUUAAUUGCAGGCUCGAGUAAUUGAUAAAGAAACUCAACAUUUCAAGGAGACAAAUAACCACAUGGGAUAAGCUAUCAUUGAAAUGAAAAGUGGAUUUCAAUGAAACGUAUCUUUCUUAAGUACAGGCUUUAUAAUCCCAAGUGUCUUACUUGUUAUUUUCAUUUUCACGUAUGUGCACUUUUAUGCACAAGUUUAAAACAGACCUUUAUAAAUCUUUUGUUUUUCUGCUCUUCAGAGCCAGCUGUGUCCUUCAGUUGAGAAUUACUCAUCACAAGGGGCCCCAUUUCAAAAGGUAUUUCAAAUGAAGUGCAGCCAGAUGGUCUUCAGGAGAUUGUGUUCUGCUUCUCUCACUUUAUUUACUCAUUGUUUUGUUACGUUCUUAGCACACCUGUCUAAAUUGAAGUGCGGUAUCAGUUGCAGUUACCUGCAAAGUUGGCUUAAGUCUGGAAAACAACUCAAGAAAGUGAUUCUGUAAGCAAUCGACCACAGAGGGAUGCUGCCCACCAAAAAGGGAGAAGUCUGAAUUUAAUGUUUCUACCAAAGCUGGUAGAAGGCUCCAUAAGAAAUGCAGUCAGUUGCAUCCUUCCCUGUCACAGAUAGGCAGGUGGGCCAGGGCCCUAUAGGAGGAGGGCUGUCACCAGCACUCUUGGCUGCCAGCAUUCUGUAGAUUAGCUGGCUCAGUUCUAGAAGAGGACUAAUCCUAGCCACAUGGUAUCUUCCACAGUCAGUCCAAACGGUGUCUGCUAAGGAGAAUUAUUCCUUUCAAGUGGGUACUAGCCUGUCUGUGACAGGGAAGGAUGAGAAUGCCUGAAUUUUUUCUAGAACUUUCUACCAGCUCUGGAAGAAAUAUUUGAAUAUUUGCAUAUUGAGAAAGACAGAAGUGGUAAGACACUCCUGAGCUUUAGGAAUAGAAGUAAAAAACCAGUGAAACUCAAGAAUUUUAUUAUUGGGGGCAAUGGAAAGAUUUAAGCCUAGAGAAGAUUAAUACAUUACAUUGUUUAUUAAAGGAGAUAGUCUCUUAUUACGUAGUUGCCUAAGCCAGGAGUUUUGUGUUUUCUCUGUAUUUUGCCACUGCCCUAGCCCAUUUUCCCACAGGCAGACUAGGCAGAAGGCUCUGAGGCAUAGAUUCCUAUCCAGGCCACGACUUAGCACACUUUAUCUCUUGCUCUCAGCCAACUGCAAACCAGCAGAACCUUCCUGCUCUCUCCCCCAUUCAGUGUGAGGUCACAUACAACUCAGUUUGAUGCUUAAGUUAUUCUCAUUACCCUAAGUUAACCAGAGCUCUCUAUUUUAAAGCUUCAACACAAAUUCAAGCUAAAGCAGCAAAUAAAGACUUAAUAGUUUUAUGAAAGUGGCAUUUGGACAUUUAAAUUCUCUUUCCACGUUAGCUUCCUCAAAAAGUGCAGAUUUAAACCUUAAAAAAUGUGCAUUGUAGGCUUUUCAGGUCUUCAGAUGCUUGUCUGGGUGUUCUGUCGAGCAGUUAUUCAGGCUUGUUCUAACGUGGCCUAUUUCCUCAGGACAGGACUCACUGAGCUGCCAGAGAACCAGUAGACCAGAGUGGAUUUCAUAUAAAGUGUGCAGAGGGAGGGCGAACAUCUGACCAUAUUUUUCAACCAGAUCAGAAGUGAACAGAGGAGAAUGCACAGUAACUGUCGGCAGAGGGGGAGGAACCAGAAUUCCCCCAGAGAAAUUCCUCCUCAGACAGACUUUCCGACAGGGUGUCCCAUGGAGAACGAGCCUGGAAUUGUGUCGCCGUUUAAACGAGUAUUCCUAAAAGGUGAAAAGAGUAGAGAUAAGAAAGCCCAUGAGAAGGUGACAGAGAGGCGCCCUCUGCACACUGUGGUGCUGUCCCUGCCCGAGCGCGUCGAGCCCGACAGACUGCUGAGCGACUAUAUCGAGAAGGAGGUGAAGUAUUUAGGUCAAUUAACGUCCAUACCAGGAUACCUGAAUCCUUCCAGUAGGACCGAAAUCCUGCAUUUCAUAGACAAUGCAAAGAGAGCCCACCAGCUCCCCGGACACCUGACCCAGGAGCAUGACGCUGUGAUCAGUCUGUCUGCCUACAACGUCAAGCUGGCCUGGAGGGACGGGGAGGACACCAUCCUCAGGGUCCCCAUCCAUGACAUUGCUGCCGUGUCCUACGUGCGAGAUGAUGCCUCACACCUGGUGGUCCUGAAGACAGCCCAGGACCCCGGCAUCUCCCCCAGCCAGAGUUUGUGUGCAGAAAGUUCCCGAGGCCUCACCACAGGCUCCCUGUCGGAGAGCGGAGUGGGGCCUGUGGAGGCAUGCUGCCUGGUGAUCCUGGCCGCGGAGAGCAAGGUUGCCGCGGAAGAGCUGUGCUCCCUGCUUGGCCAGGUCUUCCAGAUCGUGUACACGGAGUCCACCAUCGACUUCCUGGACAGAGCCAUAUUUGAUGGGGCCUCGACACCCACCCACCACCUAUCCCUUCACAGUGAUGACUCUUCCACAAAAGUGGACAUGAAGGAGCCAUAUGAGACGGAAGCCAGCACUUUCUCCUUCCCCGAGUGUGCACAUGCAGGUGGCGUCUCGCCCUUGUCCUUCUGCAUGCAGACAGCACCCCAUGCCAAGACAGUUAGCGAGAGUGAGCUGAGCGCCACGGCUGCCGAGCUUCUGCAGGACUACAUGCUCACGCUGCGCACCAAGCUGUCGUCACAGGAGAUCCAGCAGUUCGCAGCGCUGCUGCACGAGUACCGGGACGGGGCCUCCGUGCACGAGUUCUGCAUCAACCUGCGGCAGCUCUAUGGGGACAGCCGCAAGUUCCUGCUGCUCGGUUUGCGGCCCUUCAUCCCUGAGAAAGACAGCCAGCACUUCGAGAACUUCUUGGAGACCAUUGGGGUGAAGGAUGGCCGUGGGAUCAUCACGGACAGCUUCGGCAGGUACCGCCGGGCCACAAGCUCCACCUCCACCUCCACCUCCAAUGGGAACAGGGCCGCAGGCAGCUCUGACGACCAGUCUGCACCCUCGGAGGGGGAUGAGUGGGACCGCAUGAUCUCGGACAUCAGCAAUGACAUCGAGGCGCUGGGCUGCAGCAUGGACCAGGACUCAGCCUGAUGGCACCCGGGCCCCUGCCAAUUGCCCUCCUGGGCCCCGGACACAGGUGGCUCUACUGUGAAGGAGGCACCCCCAUGCCGGGGCAGAAAGUCAAGCUGCACCCACCUGCAUGCCACCCUGCCUCGGGAGGGGUCCUGUCAGCCAGACCCUGGACAGCUGUCAUUUUGCACACGACGUUUCUAUUGAAACUCUCAGAGACCUUAAAAGAAGUUUACUGCAAUGUGAAUAAUUUA